CUUAUCCUUACAUUUGAAGACUGAACGUUUCAAUUGUUUGUGGUUGUUAGGAGUGGUAUAUGCAAGUAGUGCGUUACAGUUUUUACUUCGAAUAAACUCUCCAUGGAAUUUACUAGUGCUUACUUUCAUCCGCAUCCCGCAUUAAAGGUUUUUGACCACUAGAAUAUCGCAAUGACAUAACUUGCGGAUUAACUUCAUUUCCCUCAUACCAAAAUACUCGUGUUUUUAAGAUCGCGUCUGAUCUAUUUCUCCAUUCUGCGGCUUACACAAUGAAUGGAAAAGAUCGAGAAAAUAUUUUCAAGCUAAUAAAGCGUGCUAAGGAGCUACAAACUGAAGAAGAAAAGGAUCACUUAAGAAAACGAACCGAAGGUCAACUGCUAAAAUUUACAAAUGUUAUGAAAGGUUACCAAUAUCGUUGGUUUGUAAUAGAUCCAGAUGCAGGAAGGAUAGAAUAUUAUGAGAAAGAAGAUCAUAAACGAUCACUUAAACCUCGUGGAGCCCUAAGUCUUAUAUAUGCCUCCAUUUGUCCUUCAGAUGAAGAUUCACAAACCAUUUUUAUUAACGCCGCAAAUGGUGAUUUAUUAAAACUGAAAGCAAUUGAUGCUAAAGAGAGGCAAUAUUGGGUAGAUCGUCUUCGAGCAGUUGCUGAAUAUCAUUCAGAGAAGGCUGAACAACAUCCAUUAAUCACUACUUUAUCUGGAACUUCUGAAUCCUCUAACCAUGCAGAUUCACAAAAUACCGGAUCUCAAGUGCCAAAUUCUUCCAAGAGUUCACAGUCAAAUGAAGUUAAUCAUACUAAUGAUCAGUCUCCUAAUGGAAAUUUUCCUAUUGCAGACGCUAGUACAUUCCCCGUAUUCUGUCCUGGUCGCCCAUCUGAUCCACGAGUUCAACUUGGAGAAUUAUUUCGUCAGUUAGAGUUUGAAAAUCAUGCACUUUCCACUGUUAUUGAUAGAACCUCCAUUCGAAGUCCGGAAAUUACUGAUGUAUUCAAAAAUCUUCUUUUAUCAAAAGCAACAAGUCAAGCAACAUUAGAUUGUUUAAAACGUUGUAUGGAAUUGAUCAAACAUCAAGAUAUAACAAGUGUGGUAGAAAAUGGUAAAAUGGCUAAAUCGUAUAUUUCCAAUACUACAGACAGUACAACUUUGUAUCCUUGUGUAUUUAAUACUGUGGUUGACUCAUCUGAAUCUCAAAAAAUCAAUGAUAUGAAUAUUUCUAAUGGCUUUACAAGUAGUGUUCAACUAUCAGAAGAAAUGAAAAGUAUUCCCUCUACAUUUCCACCGCCUAUAAAAGAUAUGCAAAUUAAUUACAGAGAUAUACCAAACGAUGAAGAUGAAAUAGAUGAUAACUGUAAUGAUGACAAUGAAUCUUUUGCUAACAACAAUGGUAAUAAUAGUUCACAAAAACAAAUUAUGAAUUCAUAUAAUGAUGAUGACGAGAAUGAUGAACAUAACAAAAAAGUCAUCUUACACUUACUUUCUCAAUUAAAAAUUGGUAUGGAAUUAACCAAGGUAGUUUUUCCUACGUUUAUUUUGGCGGAAUAUUCUUUGCUAGAAAUGUUUGCUAAUUAUAUGGCCCAUCCGAAUUUAUUUUGCAGAAUUACUGACUAUGUAGAUCCUGAAUGGCGUAUGAUAGCAUUUAUUCAAUGGUAUCUUACUACAUUUCAUUGUGGACAUCUGGAUACAAUUGUCAAAAAACCAUAUAAUCCUAUUAUUGGUGAAACGUUUCAUUGCAGUUGGAUUGUACCACCAGAUCAAAUAAACAGUGAAUCAUGUUUAUCAGAAAUAAAUAAUGAUACGUAUAAAAUGUCCCCCACUACAAAUAACAACCCCAAUGUACCCAUAGUUAUAAGAUAUUGUGCUGAACAAGUUUCUCACCAUCCAUCUGUUACUGUUUUUCAAUUUUCUUGUCCUAUCAAACAAAUGCAAUUGACUGGUUCAUUGUGUACUAAGUCUAAAUUCCAAGGCAUGAGUGUUUGUGCAGCAAUGUUAGGCAAAUUAAUAUUGAAACUUGGUGAGCAUAAUGACGAAGAGUAUCACUUUUCCCUUCCUACGGCAUACGCCAGGUCAAUUUUAACAGUACCUUGGGUUGAAUUCGGUGAUAAAGUCUUUGUCACAUGCCCUCAAACUGGCUAUUCAGCUGUGAUCACAUUUUUAACUAAGCCACAUUAUGAAGAUAAACUACAUUGUAUUACUGGAGAAAUUUACAGUACACACAGUAUUUCUCCAACUUCAUCUGAUCGUUCAUCCAAAGGGCCUGGAUCAUCACCACUAAGUCCAGUUGGAAAUAGUAAUCACUUAAUUGCACGUAUUUCUGGUGAAUGGAAUAAAAUUAUCAAUUUUGAAGUUUUGAAUAAGAAUUUACAUAAAUGGUCAGUGACUGUCAAUCAAUUACCUGUUUUUUCAAAACAUAUACGUCCUAUUGAACAUCAACAACCAGAAGAAUCUCGUCGUUUAUGGCAAAAUGUUACUAAAGCUCUAAAAUUAAAAAAUUUUAAUUUGGCUACGGAAAAAAAACAAGAAGUAUGUUUAGUUAUUGUUUAACCUUUAGUUCUGUAUUCAAUUCAUUUUAUUCUUCAGAAGAAAAUUGUCUAGUCUCUUUGUUUGUUUUUAUACUUUAAACCAAUUAAUAUGCAUAAAUGUUGUUUUCAUCAUCUGAUUUAUUCAAUCAUUUAAUUUCUGUGAUAAUGUCAGCCUGAGACAACUUGUAUCAGUGUCAGUGAAUGACGAUUACACAAUUUUGCAAAGCGUCUAAAGUUAAUAUUGUAAACUGUUGGAUACCAACUCUGUGAUCUAAAAGUGAAGCACUUAUUAUGAGACCUGAAGAUCAUUAGUUGUAUUCUUCUCGAGCUCAUAGGUUUACACUUCCAAAUUGUCCCAUAUAGAGACGAGACAAUUGUUUAGAUCUUCCUAGUUCUCAAAAGUUGUUUAACUAAACUCAGUUUAUGAUAUAAAACUUCAAACAGUUAUUAACUUGGCAGAAACUCUUCUAUCUUUAAUUUUUAAAAGUUAUUCUAUACCAUUAAUAUUAUGUUAGAAUUAUCCUAAAUAACUGAAUUCAUUAUAUUUCUAUCAAACAAAUUAUCUGUAAAGACUAUUAAAAUUGUAUGAUUGAAUCUGUAGUAAAAAAAAUGUGUUAUAUCUAGAGCUUUGAUUCUUACUAUGCCGCGUACUACUAAGCUACUUGAACGACCGAACCCGCAACAUCGCAAGAGAGAAGACAGAAGACUAGUAAGUAGGAAUUUUAUUCCCCAAACAGUGUCAAAUAUAGUACAAAAAUCUCAUGUAUUUAUAGUUUUCUGGCUGAAAGUAAAUCAUCAUUUCGGACAGCCAAUAGGCACAUAGGGGGUCAUUCUUAUCCAUCCAAUAGGGAAGCUACACGUCGACAUUCUAGAAUGUUCCCCUAACAGUGAUUGGAUGAGAUGUGUUCGGCUCUUUCUGGGCUUCUUGAGGCUUCCUAGAGUUUGCCAACGAGCCAUCCUUACAAAAUGUAUUUUGCAUUAUUUGGUAUAAUUCUAUUUUAUUAUUUCUGUUACUAUGAAUGAAUUACCAUCUUUGUAUUUUUCAAUUCAUUUAUUCACUUUAUGUUAUGAUGUUCACAUUUAUUUUUAACUAAUUAAAAGAUUGAUUAUUUUCAUGUAUAAUAAAAAAUCCUAUUUUAUCAAACAAAUACUGAGUAAAUAGUUAUUUUUACUGGAUUACGUUUUUGAUAGUAGUGAGCAAGGAAACACUUAGACUUAAGUUUCGUACUAGUAGAAACAAUAGAAGUUCAAGACUAGAGAGUUUAACAAAAUAAGAAAUGAUAUAACCGAUGGAUUAAAAUUAUUCUCUCCCACAAUCUUUUGCUAUAUUCACUCAGUGAGUCAUCUACAACGUAGAACCAGGCACAUAUAUGCAUCGGUUCAAGUUGUCAUACCUCAUUAACACAACAAGAUGAACACCAAAUCCAUAGAAGGAGUUACUUCAAUGGUGGUAAAAAAAUGCUUUUAUUUAGAGAUAUGAUACAGGGAGAAAUAAUUAAUUGGUAGAAAAAAAAGGUAUAAAGCAAAUCUAAUCUCCCGGUGUAAGGGAAGACAAAGAGUGUAUACACCUGCGCCUUUGUAAUCGAUUCUGAGCCAUGGCACUCAGAGUCUCCAACCAUUGGUUACGAUGGUCACGCGGACCCCAACCAGGUAGUCUGCAUCUACCAACAUGGCUCAGGCUAGAAGUUAGUGACUUCAAGCACCGAUGCCAUGUUUUGGUUUGGCUGCCCCUAACUCUUUUCCAACCAUCCCCAACACUAGUCAACAUUGCGCGUCGUGGUAAUCGAUGUUCAGGCAUGCGUAACAAGUGGCCCAACCAUCUCAGUCGAUGAAGAUUCGCAACCUCAUCAACUGAUUUACCAUCAUUCCCUAAUACCCUGCGUCUAACCUCACUAUUACUUACCCGGUGAUUACUUACCCGCAGAUGCGAGCAAUAUUUCUAAGGCAUCUGUGACCAAAUACUAGUAACUCACGAGUAUCUUCUACUCUUAAAUUGCCACGUUUCGCUGCCGUGAAGUAGAACACAGUGAACUGCAGCGCAGUAUACUCGUCCCUUAAUUGAUAGACGGAUAUCUCGCCUUCACCAUAGGUGACGUAUCUUAUCCUCUAACAAUCUAAAUCAUUUCUAAUACACCUGACAUAGUAGUCAUCAAUCUUUCUAGCAUUUCAUUUGUCUAUAGUCUUAUGCACUAAUUAUAAUUUAAGUAGAUGGGCUGUGGCUAGCGUUGGUAUCCAGGAUGUGCGUGCAUCCCGAUAUUGACGUGCCACUUUCACCCACAAUCCAUAUACUCUAUUAAACUUGUGAUUAUAUGGUUGUCAGGCAAAUCUGCACAGGAUGCAUGCACUAACAACAAAGGACUGAUCAAAAUCCAGUCCUCACUAUCAACAGCGAGACAACUGCUGUCUUACUAACAAUGAAAUAAAUGUCGUUUGAUUUAUUAUAUCAUCACAGUUUAUAGUCAAUAAAUUCACUCAGUCAGUCUUUUUUUUUCUUCAUUAUUUUGGAUACAUUACUCUCUAGCUUGAAGAACGACAACGUUUAAGUGAGAACUAUCGAGCAUUGUAUAAAUUCGCUUUUCCAGUUAAAUACUUCACAUGGCAUGAAAACUCUUGGAUAUUCAAAACCACUUGUAGUCAAUAACUUUGUAUUUCAUACCUUCAUUGUUAAUGAUUUUUGUUUUCCUCCCUUUUUCUAUGUUCUGUUUCUUUUGUUUUGUGUAUUUACAACUGAUUCCUUUUUAUCCAUCCAUCCAUCUAAAAUAUGUACACUUAUUUUCAUAAUGAGCAUCAAAAGAUAACUUACACACUGUUGAAUUAUUCAUUGAACCGUAUUCCGAUUUAGCAGCGGUAAUAGAUGGGAUUUUUUAAAUAAUGCGAAAUAACAAAAUUGUUCAAUCGUUCAACGGUUUUUAAGUAUUAAAAUAGAAACUAGAAUUUGAUGUUAUGGAGUGUAAAUGAUGUCAUCUGUAAGAAAAUUACUCGAAAUGAUAAUUUGAAUUUGUGGCUCGUACACUACAUAUUUAUUAAUCAUGUUGAUAACGAUAAACUAACUAUGUUAAGUAGUUCACCAGAUCUUGUUGCAACGGUUAAAUUAUAAGAUUUCCAGAGAAACUUUGAGGUGACAAUGAUUCAAAAAGUAUUAUGUAAACUAGUCAUAUCUUUCAAUUUUUUCCCUUCAUAGGUUUAUUAAUGGGGUCAGUCACUAAUCAUAUUUAAUCGAUCAUGGUAAAACUCAAAUCCCAAUCACAUAUAGGUAUUGACCUCUAUUUCCUUAGCCGAUAGAUUUCAUCUCGAUUCUAUUACAAUUUACUUCAGUUCAGUACCAUAAACUCAACAAUUAUUUGUAUUAACAGUAAUUAAAUUAAUCCUUUUAUUUAGUUAAUAAGUCCGAUAUACUAACUAUCCAGUAUUCAUAGUUUGUAAAAACAACAUCCGUAAUGUGUAUAAUUCAUGUUACUAUAAUCUGGAAACCAGUAAUUAUCACAAAAUUGUAUUCAUGGUUGGCGUUUUGUUGAUACUUUUUUCAAUUAACAAAGAAAGUCACACAGAAUACAUCCAAGGUGAUGAAAGUUAAAUAUAUUAUCUCUGUAGGACAGCUGAUUAGUCUCCGAAAUUUUAAAAUAAUACCUGACUUACAUCUCUUGAUAUACACGUUCUUUUAACUUAUCAUACACAUUAACUGUAACUGUGUAAUACCUGAAUCAUAUCAGAUAACCUGAUCUUAACAACCAAACUAAUGUUUUCUUUGCGUCCAUUUUUCAUCGUCUCGAAAUCUUACAACAGUUAAGGUACUGAUGAAAUAAACAACUUAUUCAGUGUUAAUAUUGAGCACAAUAAGGUUCCAUCGCACUAAUUAGUAAUGACACUUGACCAGUUCAGUAUUUUGAGGCUCAUAUCUAUAAUUGUUUACCUUGUAAUCUAAGUCAUGAUAGAAAAAAGUAGGAUUUACACAUUAAAUUUGUAUAGUUUAAUGAUAGUUGUCAGCUGGAGAGAAUAGUGGAAAACUAACCCGUCCUAUUAUGCAACUCAUCAGUGAAUGUUAUUAGUGAUCAUAUGGAAUUUUGCUAAAUAUCAUGAUUUAUGCAUCCUAAUAUAUAUACUUGAAGCCACUCAACCAAUAUACUUCCUGGAACAAUUACAUUCACUUAGAAUUAUUUAAUGCAUAUGUACAUUUUCAAUGUUCUAAGUUCACAAUUUCAUUAGUUUAGGUCGUUAUGUCGCAAACAGUCAGUUUAUUUUAUUCAUGAGUAUCAUUAUUUAGUAAUAUUUAGAUUGAUGAUAAAUUAGCUUAUAAACAGAUGUGACUUUCUCAAUCCUUAAUCCUUUAAGUAAUCCUAUGUUUGUAGAAAGAUUAAGACAUCAAAAAAAUACUUUCUCCGUAUUUUUAUCAGUUAUAGAGUACGAAUGUUUAUUUAAGAAAAAUCCGUUUUAAUUAACUUAAGUUAUUCUCAAGGGCAUAAAAAUCAUGUUCUUCAAGGUAAGUACACAUUUUAAAUGUCUGAUAAAUACCUUUCCCAUGCCAAUGACACCCACGAAGUUAUCUGUCCUAACACAUAAAUCCAGAUAAUAUCUAAAAAAAAUCAUUUUCAUACGUUUAAAAACCUACGCAUUUUUAUUUACGUUCUAAUGAUAAUAAAUAAUGUAUCUAUAUACCUUUAAGUGUUAGUGUAGUGAACGAGAACGCAAGUAGGGACAAACAAAUGUAUUUAAACUCAAAAUCACAGAAUAUCUUACUGAAAUCUGAGGAUUAUAUAAUAAAUGCUUCAUUUGCAAAAUGUCAAUCAAUCGUCUCAGACUUCAUUGUUCCUUCAUUUCCACAGCAAUCAUUCUGUGUUCUCCUUCUUUUUUUUUUCUUCGAUCUUCUUAACCUUCUACAGCCAGACAUUUCACUUCCGAUUGAUAAUACAUA